AUGGCAGCACUACAGGAGAAAAAGUCAUGCAGCCAGCGGAUGGAGGAGUUCCAACGCUACUGCUGGAACCCAGACACGGGGCAGAUGCUGGGCCGGACACUGUCCCGGUGGGUGUGGAUCAGCCUCUACUAUGUAGCCUUCUACGUGGUGAUGACUGGAAUCUUUGCCCUGUGCAUUUACACGCUGAUGUGCACACUUGACCCAUACACGCCUGACUACCAAGACCAGCUAAAAUCACCAGGGGUGACCUUGAGGCCCGAUGUCUAUGGGGAGAAAGGCCUGGACAUUUCCUACAACGUCUCUGACAACAGGACCUGGGUAGACCUUGUGAACACCCUCCACAACUUCUUGGCAGGCUACUCGCCCACAUCCCAGGAGGACAAUGUCAACUGUACCUCUGAGAAGUACUACUUUCAAGAAGUUUUUGGGGCCCCAAAUCACACCAAGUUCUCCUGCAAGUUCAUGGCAGACAUGCUGCAAAACUGCUCAGGCCUGACAGACCCCAACUUCGGCUUUGCAGAAGGAAAGCCGUGUUUUAUUAUUAAAAUGAACAGGAUCGUGAACUUCCUCCCCAGCAACAGCACAGCGCCCAGGGCCGACUGCACCUUCUUGGACCAGCACAAGGAUGACCGGCCCCUGCAGGUGGAAUAUUACCCACCCAACGGUACCUUCAGCCUUCACUAUUUCCCUUACUACGGGAAAAAGGCACAGCCCCACUACAGCAACCCUCUGGUCGCCGCGAAGCUUCUCAAUGUCCCCAGAAACACGGAAGUCCUCAUUGUGUGCAAGAUCCUGGCAGAUUAUGUGACCUUUGACAACCCCCAUGACCCCUAUGAAGGGAAAGUGGAGUUCAAGCUCACCAUUCAGCAGUAG